UUGGUAUGGUUUUAAGGUUUAAUUUUGAGUAUCAACUGCCAGCUGUUCAAAAUUAGGGUUAUAGAUUUUUUAUAGGCUAAUCUCUCAUUUUUAAAUUGUUUUGUAUAACUAGUAAACAGCAAGGUAAAAAAUGUGUUUAAAAUUAAAACUUCAAUAUUUUACACGUCGAAAAGUAUUGUGAUAAACCAGUUAAAAUAGAGAAGUUGAUGGAAUCUACUUCUUUACAUAUGCAUCUGCUGGAUGAAGAAGAAAUGGUGGUUACUCGAGAUUGGAGAAAAGCCCUCAAGGCUCAACCUGCUUAUAGGAUAGUUAAUAGGACUAUUCGUGGUCAAACACUCUUUGUAUAUAUUGUAGGCCUCACUGGAGUAUUCUUUUUGAUUUAUUUAUAUUCAAAUUCAUCGAAACGUUCAAAUACCAGUAUCCUAAGAAGUGGUGAUUAUAAUUACACAUACCCAUUAACGAGACCCAUCAGGACUUCAAACAUGCACACUUUUCGAAUAGGGAUAAUUGCUGAUCUUGAUACAGAUUCCUUGAAAAAGAAUGAGAAGAAUACAUGGAUUUCUUUUUUCAAAACUGGACAUCUGAACUAUAACCCCCAUAAACAUUCAGUUGUUAUAACAUGGGAUUUGAAAGAUCCAGAAGUUCUAAAAACGAACUAUGCCUUGAAAGGAAGAGGAUUGGAACUUUCAGAAUUAGUUACUUUCGAUGGAAAAUUAUUAACUUUUGAUGACAGAACUGGACUAGUUCUGGAGAUAGUAAAAAAUGAUGUUAUUCCUUGGGUAAUAUUAAUGGAUGGUGAUGGAAAGAGUAAAAAAGGAUUCAAAUCGGAAUGGGCUACAGUAAAAGAUGAACUUCUCUAUGUCGGUUCAAUGGGAAAAGAGUGGACUACAGCUUCUGGAGAAUUUGAAAAUAAUAAUCCCCAAUAUAUCAAAACUGUGACAAAUAAGGGUCAAGUGAGUCACAUCAGUUGGAUUGCAGAAUAUAGAAGGAUUCGAGAAGUACUUGGUAUAAAGUGGCCAGGUUAUAUGAUACACGAAAGUGGUGUUUGGUCAAAUGAACAUCAACGUUGGUUUUUCUUACCAAGAAGAUGUAGUAAAGAGCCCUACAAUGAAUCCUUAGAUGAACAUAGGGGAUGUUCUGUUCUGAUCUCAGCUGAUCCUCAAAUGUAUGAUGUCACUGUAGUUAAGGUAAUACAUUAAGAAACUAAAAAUGUA